CUUCAAACAUCAUGUGGUCGUAGGCUCUCGUCUAUACACUCUGGCAGCUGUCACUCUGGCUGGCUUUUGCCGAUACUGUGAUAGCAGCAGAGAAGCGAGUGACGGGAGGUGAGCCGUUGAGUAUUUGCAGGCUCAAUUUGGAAGAGAUUUUGUUUGUAGGGGGAGAAGAAUGCGUGCAUGCAAUUUCCGAAACCAGAGAGACGAUCAGGGACAAUGCCAUCGAUCGGGACGAGGUGAAGAACUUGUUCCCUGAUUGGUGCUUAUCCAGGAUAUGAUUGACCUCUGGCCUGGAGUCCUGAAUUUAGAUCGCAAUCCGCAAUCUCACAUGGAGCGGAGCCCAAAUUUAUCCAACAGCAGCUUUUUCCCGAGUCCCGCGAGCGGACGAUCAGAUCAUCAGACUGAACUCGUCCGUGUCGUAAGGAGCAGAGCAUGUCGCUUCCAGUCUCGCCACACACGAGCGGCGCAAUGGAGCCAGUAAUCUCGACGAGAACGAACCGCGGCUGCCACUUGGAUCUGCCAAACUGGCGCAAAAGAUGUCUGUCAGAGGGUCGCAAAGAAGUGGUCCAGGUUUUGAUGUUUCGGGAUCAAAUCAGGGCCUCCGAUUGGCUGUCGGCUGUUUUUCCUGGAUGUGAUCUGACCCGAGACCCGACCCGAUCGGCCUUAACUUUACUGGAGUCGAGACAGUCAAGCAACGGGACGGAAGGAAGGACGGAAUGUCCCUCCCUUGACAUCAGCCAUGUCCACUUCUGCCUGCUGAGUCAACCCCCUGCCGUUCUGAAAUUUGGCAAUUUCGGCUUCGAGGGGUUCAGAGACUGCAUUACCAAUCACGUAGACAACAAGAACACUCGUGCUGAUUACUGCAGUUAGAAAUCACGAGUUUCGAUCAGACCCAUUCAAAUGAGUUCCCGUGCCAUGUACAAG